CGAGAGCCCACCGGAGACCCGGAGACCACGCGCGUCCCAGCCCCAGCCGCGGGCUCGGCGCUCCUCAGCGGCCGGGGACCCCGCGAGGGCCCGGCGUGGGAGCACUUGGAGCACUGAUUGCCCUCUGCUGGUGAACCAGAAUCAACACACUGUACGACCCGAGACGCCCACUCUUGAGCGUGUGGUACCUACCCACCAGCACCAAGGGGCCAGCUGAAGAAUGUCUGGUGUUCAAAUACGCCCGAUGAAGGAGUCUAGUGAAACAACUCUUCGCUUGUCCUUGAACCCCCUUAUCACCCUGGAUUUGGAGUCUGGAGGCUGCUCUGAGAUGGGGCCUCUGACGGGAAGGUUUGACUUGUUUCUGAGCAUUAGUGAAAAGUCAGCUUCCUUGCCUUGGAGUAGCCAAGCCUGAGUAGGUGCCCAGAGAGGAAGCCUGUUGUGGUGACAUGGAGCCGGAAAUCAACUGCUCUGAAUUUUGCGACAGUUUUCCUGGCCGGGAGCUGGAUAGGAGACCCCUUCAUGAUCUUUGCAAGACAACCAUUACCGAUUCCCAGCCUGGUAGCACGGACAGCUCUCCACUGUCCCCUGCCCUCUUGGGUGUGGUUUGGACUUUUCUCAGCUGUGGAUUACUCCUGGUGCUUUUCUUUCUGGUUUUCACCAUUCGCUGCAGGAAGAACAGGAUCGUGAAGAUGUCCAGCCCCAACCUGAACAUUGUGACCUUGCUGGGCAGCUGUCUGACUUACAGCAGCGCUUAUCUUUUUGGGAUUCAGGAUGCUGCGGUGGGGAGGUCCAUGGAAGCUCUCAUUCAGAUGAGACUCUCCAUGCUGUGCAUUGGGACGUCGCUUGUGUUUGGCUCUGUUCUGGGGAAGAGCUGGCGACUGUAUAGAGUGUUCACCCAGAGGGUCCCGGACAAGAGAGUGAUUAUCAAAGACCUGCAGUUGCUGGGGUUGGUGGCAGCCUUGGUGGUGGCUGAUGUCAUUCUGCUCGUGACAUGGGUGCUGACCGAUCCCAUCCAGUGCCUCCAGAUCCUCGGUGUCAGCAUGAAGGUGACGGGGAGAGAUGUGUCCUGCUCUUUGACCAACACACACUUUUGUGCUUCACGGUACCCGGAUGUCUGGAUCGCCCUGGUUUUGGGAUGCAAGGGCCUGCUGCUGCUGUAUGGUGCUUACCUGGCUGGCCUGACCAACCACGUCAGCUCUCCUCCGGUGAACCAGUCCCUGACCAUCAUGCUCGGAGUCAACCUCCUGCUGCUCACUGCUGGGAUGCUUUUCGUAGUCACCAGAUACUUGCACUCCUGGCCCAAUCUGGUCUUUGGACUCACGUCUGGAGGGAUCUUCGUUUGUACAACCACCGUGAACUUCUGUGUCUUCCUGCCCCAGCUGAAGCAAUGGAAGGAGUUUGAAGGAGAAAACCAAACAAUCAGACACAUGGCCAAAUAUUUCAGCACUCCCAGCAAAGGUCUCCACAGCCAGUUUGAUGAGGACCUGAACUGCCACUUGAGGGAUGAGAAGAGCUGCAUGGAGAGGCUCCUCACAGAAAAAAAUGCAGUAAUUGAAAGCCUGCAAGAACAAGUCAGCAACGCCAAGGAGAAGCUGGUGAGGCUGAUGUCUGCGGAGUAUACCUAUGACUCCCCGGAGUGGGCUGUCCCAGCUGCAGCCUCUGCCCACGGGCUGGCAGUUCAGGGACCCUCAGAACACCCUGCUGCCUCUGAGAAUGAUGUCAGAGCAGCUGCUGAGAACUCUCUCUGUGUCUCGGUGGCUUCCCAGCACGUGCAAAGCCCUGCAGCAUCUAGAAGGGACACUAGUCCCUCCCCAGACCAAAAAGACAACGCACCUUUGAAACAGUUUUGUGACCAUUUGGACAGGAGCCAGAAGCCCCAGGAUGAGCAAAGUGAGGCUCCUGAAAGAGAAGCCCAGGGACCCGUGGCCUCCAGCCAGAGUUUCAUGGCAGAUGGAGUGGUCCAUGAGCCUCAUAGGCCCAGGCAGAACUCAGAGGAACUCCCAGAGAAGCUACCUCGGGUCAGUUCAGUGGUGAGAGAGAAGCUUCAGGAAGUCCUACAAGAGCUGGACCUGGGCCCUGAGGCUCCCCUUUCCCCACAACCUGGUUCCCAGCAACUGUGGAAGAGCACAACUUCCCGCAGCCCACAGAAGCUGUCCCCAUCUAAGCUGGGUUUCAGCCCGUAUGUGGUAAGGAGGAGACGGGCAGCCCAGCGGGCUCGUUCCCACAUCCCUGGCUCUGUGGCCCUCAAUGUGGGGCAUCAGGCAAAUAGUACUGUUUCUGGUGUGCAAAGUGGGCUGACUGUGCAGAACAGAGACAGUCCCCGGCUGGACCACCACAAUGCAAGGUCCAAGAUCCCAAGAUCCAUCUCUGUAAAACCGUCACCACUCUCAGAUCCUCACCGGAGACAGGGUACCCUGGAGGGCAGCAGGCAAGGCCAGACUGAGCCUCAGGGGGCUGAAGGAUGCAAUGUAACUUUUCCUUCGGCUUCUGCCCAGGCACAAGUUCCCACAGCCCCAUGCCUACCCUCUUCGCCAGCUCUGCCCAGGCAGCAUCGAUCUCAAGCCCUAGCGUCCUCUGGCCAUCCUUCCCUGUCUUCUGGGUGCUACAACCUUGACAGUGACUCCAGCAGCUCAGAUGAGUUCUUCUGCCGCUGCCACCGGCCCUACUGUGAAAUCUGUUUCCAGAGCUCUUUAGACUCCGAUGACAGUGACACGUCAGACAGUGACCUUGAGAUGGCUUCGGGACUGGCCUCCUGGGAAAAGCUGUGGGCACGCUCCAAGCCCGUCGUGAACUUCAAAGAUGACUUGAAGCCCACACUAGUGUGAAAAGCGGCAAGGUGGGGCUGGCCACAGAGGCCAGUCUGGGUCCCGCAGAACCAGGAACCGUGGGAGGAGAGCUAGAGGUCAGUCUUUGAGGACCAGGUGAGCGCCAUGCCUUGAAGGACCAGUGUUGACUGUGUUUCAGCUGUGUUCAUCCUUUCUCUGAAGACUUCUUGAUCUAUGAAAGGAAGACGGGCAUCGCCCACCCCACCACUACCUCAGCAUUAAUGUGAGGAGCCCUAGUGAGAGAUUAGGUGCUACAUGGGCAGACAGAGGUGCUCGUUCAGUUCAGCCUGUAUCCUAUGAAACACUGAUGGAAUACCAAGUGGCCAACUGGCUGGCUGGACUGAAAAGACGGAGAAGUAGAUUUCUGCCCAAUCACUGUGAUCCACCAAACUAGCCUUUCGGUGAACAGCCCAGGCAGGUAGAGAGAGGAACCUACACCUCUGUCCCUCCAACUCCUAGGAAGGGUGGCUUGCUUUCUGCUGAAGGCUGUAAGCAUCACUAUGUCAAGGGUUCAGCUUCCGGCUCAGGUCGGCUCCACUUUUCCUUGUCCAUGCACUAUCAAGGUACCUCGCUCACCAAGAUGCCCAAUAUAACUUCCUAACAGGUGCCCGCAGGCUUCUCAACUUGCUCUCCUGGGCUCAGCAGUGCCUGGAGCACGUCCCCUGAUCCCUCCCAGUGUUGUACUUAAACACAUAGCAGCAGUCUGUGUAGGAAGACUUGCUGGUCAAAAGGUAGUUUCGUACUAUUGUGGUUACGUGGUUACUUGACCACCAAAGAGAUAUAAGCCUAGAAACAAAACGGGGAAGUAGAAAGGAGGGAAUGAAGGGCCAGGCAUGGUAGCCCUCACCUGGGGAGGCAGGCAGGCAGAUCUCUGAGUUUGGGCCAACCUGGUCUACAGCGAGAGUUCCAAGACAACCAGGGCUAUAGAGAGAGACCCUGUCUCCCACAAAAAGAAAGACACGGUUGACAAGAAGACAAGAAAGGUGGUGAACAUUUCACCCAAGUCUGGCUUGGCAUUUGGCAAUACCAACAGCAAAUAGGCUCUCUUACAUCUACAGCUAGGACCCAUGAGUCAUAGAGAAACUAGGUGACUUUCCCAACACCGUACUAAGGAGAGUGACUAGUGGAGAAUUUGCAUACAUUGCUGAAACUCGCUGCCACCACUGCCACCGUGGUGAGCUUCCCGAGGGACACAUCUCUCUAUUCCUCCUAGAAGUGACAGGCAAGAUCUGGGAGGCAGACAGCUUAACCAGAGGCAGAGUGAGCUGGUAAGAUGCGUUCACCCUGCAGUCCCAGAGGACAAAACCAAGUUCUUCACCCACCUCUUCCCACUACUGGGACAUGCCUACGGUUCCAGGGGAGCCAGGGCCUUGGUAAAGAGCAAGCUCCAGGAAAUCAGCUGACCCUAAAGCUGCAGGGAAGGCUUCUUGGUCCCGCUUCAAUUGUUGCUCAACUCAUUACCUCUUGCCCCCACUGCCCUGCUUCAUCUUCCCCGUGUGUGGGUUUUGUGAAAGGAGUUUGGGUUUCAGAGGGGGCCUUGGACACCAAACACCUCACAGAUGCAUCGAAGACUCUCAGGUCAGCCGACACCUCCUGGACCUCCAGGUGCUUAGUCAUGGAGGCCCUGCUAAUAGGACAGCGUCUUCUGCCGUCUGCUGUCCGAUACAGAUGUCAUUAAUUUAUUCUGUGUGUGUGGUUGUGGUUUCCGUGUGUGUUGUUUGUAUGAUGACCACGUAUACCUUAAUAAAAGAGAAAUGACCCUCAAAA